AUGUUCAGGUUCAUUAUAAAUUCGCUUUUAUUCAUCUUCUUUUUUAGAAUUGUUACCGCAUCAAAAGAUUUUGGUGUUGUUAUGGGUAAAAAAGAUUUUAAAACAACAAAAUCCCUUCUCGCUGUUUAUAAUCAACAAGAUGCUGAUCCUUCAGAUGGUUAUCAUCAGGCUGAAUUUAAUUUAAAAACGGAUUUACCAUCAUUUAAUCCUGAUCAAAGUGGUGUAGAAAGUAUUAAAUGUAAAAAAGGUUCAAAUGGUAAAAGAAAAAUUACUUUCAAUUUAAAGGAUAAAAAAGCGAUUAAAGAUGUUAAAGAAUGGCCUGAAAGAGUUAUGUUAUUAAUUUCACAUAAAUGGAAAUGUUUUGGUAAAAGGUCUACCCAAUUUUUUACCGCUACUGAUAGAGUUAUUGAUGAAUCUAAUUUAUCUGCAACUUUUGCUAUUAUGAGAUGUGAUUAUCCUUAUAAUUCUAAUGAUUAUGAACUUAAUAUUAAUUGGGUUGAAGGGGUUAAUCAAUCAAAGAAUAAAACUCGUCGUAAUUUAGAAGAAAGAUUCGGUAUUCCAUUUCCAACAAUUAAUUCGAGUAAUAAAUUAGGUUUAAAUAUCUUAUUUGAUUCAAAUAAUGGUAGAACUUCAAGACCAAAUAUACCAAUUAUAAAUGAUGGUAAUGUUAGAUUACUUUGCUCUAAUUGUUUUACAAAAGGUGAUGCUACUAUUGCUGUAAAAAUUAGGGGUAAUAUUGUUCCUCCUAAAUUAAAAGAAGCUUCAAUUUCUCUUGAUGGAAAUUUUCUUAUGAACCUUGAUUUUACUCUUGAUGCUUCAAAAGAAAAAAAUAAAAGACUUAAUCGUAAAAAUACUUCUGCAAAAGAUUUUCAAAUUUUUAGUAUUGGUUUAGGUCCUUUUAAUAUACCUGGUAUAUUAAAUCUUGGUCCUUCAAUUGAUCUUGUUGCUGCUGCUGAUGCUACUUUAGAAACAGGUGGAACUCUUGAAUUUGGUGGUGAUCUUAGUUUACCAAAUUUUAGUGCUAGAGCUUCAUUUAAAGGUGAUCCAAGUUUUGAUCAAUCAGGUUUUACUCCUAAAGUUAAUGUACAUAAUCCAGAUUUUGAUGUUGAAGCUUCUGCUACUAUUUCUGCUUCAUUAAAACCACAAUUUGCUUUUGGUUUAAGUGUACUUAAUGGUAGAGUUUUAAGACAAAAAGUUGGUUUUGAAUUAGUUGGUACUCUUCAAAAUUCUUUUAUUUUUGGUAAUUGUGAAAAUAAGAAAAAACCACGUCUUGAUUCUUCUCUUGGUGGUAAUGUAGGUUUUUUUGCAAAUGAAAAUAAUUUUCCUAUAUUUACAUUUCCUACUUUACCUUUAUUAAAUAAAUGUUUAUAG